UUAGAUCUCUCGUUUGUAAGCAUCAAUCAAUACAAAUCCAAACAUUUAUAAACAAUACAAAAAAAAUCACUCUCUCUCUCUCUCUCUCUCUAAAACAUUUGUGUGUUUUCCUUUCUUAGAAUCUGGUUAGUUUUAGAGUUAAACCGAUGUGUAAACCGUGAAUGGCGGGGAAGGUGGUUAAUUCGUGAGAAAUCCAAUUUGGUGAGAUUUUGCGCUAACCGAAAAUAAUACAGUGACUGAACUCUCUGAGUGACCCGGAAGCUUCUGCAUGUGGCUAUUUUUGUGAUAAUGACGUGGCGAAAUAUUAAUCUGCUGCUGGCCUGGAGCGUGAUUUCUUUCUUUUUUAGUUUUUUCUUUCUUUCUUUCUUUUAAAUCUAUUUUCUUUCUUGGAACUCGUUUAUUGACAAUCUUUCCUCUGUCGUCUCGAUCAAUAUCAAUGGCGUCUCCAUCAUCAACGAGAAUCUGGUUUCGCAUAAUGAUAAUGAUCGCUGUAAUGGUUGUUCUCUUCUACGUCGGCCGCCCUCUCUACUGGAAGAUCUCAGCCACCAUCCACGAUAUCCGCCACAACAAGCAAUCCGUCAGAGAAGGUUUAUCGCAGAUCGUACAUGACGCGCAGAGAUCGGUGGGAUGGUAUCACGACGAGUCGGUUUCUGAGUUCGGAGAAGUUCGGAGCACGAGAUCGGGAGUCGCCGCCUCGCGGAAGCUUUUCUUCGCCGGAGGGCAGUGAGAAAUUUCUCCGUUGCUUUCUCAAAAGAAAAAAUCGAAAAUAAUUGUACCGUACUGUGUAUAUGUUUGAUUGAGUCUGCCAAUUUUACAACCACAUUUUUGAAGUUUCUCUAGGUCGAAAUUUCGUAUAUCGCCAAGGUUAUAUAUGAUGCUCUAAAUUAAUAAGGUAGAUUUUUUUUUGCUAUGAAAUUGAUAAGAGAGCUAGAGAAUCUUUUGUUUAUAUAUAAGUUUAUGCCUUGAAACUUGUUAUGAGCAGACAGAAACUGUAAUCAUAACUAAAAUCCAUUUCCC